GCAACAGGGCAGCAGAAUCAAUAAAACCAGACGUGAGCGCGCGCUUUCUGCUCAAACCUUUUUGUGUAGGGUCAGAAACCAGCUGCAACUCUUCUCAUCUCCACCACUUGCACACAAAGCCUGUCUCUUUGUGAUCAUCUCUAAUCUUCAUCGAAAAUUUUAGCCACCGGGACGGGAGCUAAUAACAUAACUUACAGAACCUACGCAGCCGCGAAAUUACACAACAACAACCAUGUUUGAGGCACGCUUGGUCCAGGGCUCUAUCCUGAAGAAGGUGCUUGAGGCUCUUAAGGAUCUCAUCACAGAGGCCUGCUGGGAUGUCAGCUCGUCUGGUAUCUCCCUCCAGAGCAUGGACUCGUCCCACGUUUCCCUGGUCCAGCUCACCCUGCGGAGCGAUGGAUUCGACUCCUACCGCUGUGACCGAAACCUGGCCAUGGGGGUCAAUCUUAGCAGUAUGUCAAAGAUCCUGAAGUGUGCAGGAAAUGAAGAUAUCAUCACACUUAGAGCAGAGGACAAUGCAGACACACUUGCCCUCGUCUUUGAGACACUCAACCAGGAGAAAGUUUCAGAUUAUGAGAUGAAACUGAUGGACCUCGACGUAGAACAGCUUGGAAUCCCUGAGCAAGAGUACAGCUGUGUAGUGAAGAUGCCAUCUGGAGAGUUUGCUCGCAUCUGCCGAGACUUGUCCCAGAUUGGCGACGCGGUCAUGAUCUCCUGCGCCAAGGAUGGAGUCAAGUUCUCUGCCUCUGGAGAGUUGGGCACAGGAAACGUGAAGCUUUCUCAGACCAGCAGCGUUGACAAAGAGGAGGAAGCAGUCACCAUUGAAAUGAAUGAGCCUGUGCAGCUAAUUUUUGCGCUCAACUACCUCAACUUCUUUACCAAGGCUACUCCACUAUCAAAGACUGUCACACUCAGUAUGUCAGCUGACAUCCCUCUAGUGGUUGAAUACAAGAUUGCUGACAUGGGACAUGUCAAAUACUACUUGGCCCCAAAGAUUGACGAAGAGGCGUCCUAAAUGGUACCUAAUGGACUAAAAGAUGAUUGUGGGAAACUCGUCUGGCGCUCUCCAAGAGGAAAGCGACUGGAGACUACAUGACUGCGUAGCUGUCCACCUCCUAAUGAAACAUUCAUAGAAAUCAGUGGCUUAAAACAUGUUCUGGUCCACUCAACACUGGUGUAACUUCAGUCCUGGUGUAACUUCGGCACUUGUUCUCUCCACUUUGGUCUCUCUAUUGGUUGGCAUUUUGAUAAGCAUAUUUCAAGUAUCCAUUCCUUCCUGUAGAUAACCAUUUGUAUAUAUUUUCUUGGUUUGACUCUACCCAAUUUAUUUUGUACCCAAUGAUUCAGUCAAAUAAAUGAUUUAACUUGUUUACAAUUUA